AUGAAAAUAAAAGUGCUUGUGGACGGGGGAGAGGUGUACAGGAGUGCCCCCAAAGUCAAACCCGACGCCAUCGUCAAUGUGGACGACGAGAAUUACGUGCGCAUACUAUUUGGUCAACUCAACCCUCAACGGGCCUUUAUGACGGGUAAGAUUAGCGUUAAGGGCAAUAUAUUGUUGCUGCAAAAGUUGGACUCCUUCUGGAACCAAGUUCAGGGACAACGAAAGGACCCGGAGAUGCCUCAAGUCAAAGACAUUAUGCUCAAAGAUCCAAUGAAACCCGGCCUCAAGAGCGAAGUGAUUAUCUUCGAUCUGAUCCAGAAGUUGGUCCGUUUGCCGAAUCUGUUGUCUGAAGGCUCGACAGUGCGGUUCGACAUCAAAAAGGACGGACAGUUGGCCUCCAAAUGGAAGCUGUCGUUCCCGUCGGGCGCCAACGGCUUGGGAAGGAUAGAGAGGGCCGACAACACCAGUGGUGCCGAUGACAACACUCUGACCGUCGAUGACAACGACUUUGUGCGCUUGACUUAUAGCACACUCAAACUGGAAGAUGCGAUAGCGUCCGGUCGUGUCAAAUACAGUGGCGAUCCCUCAUCGGUGGCCAAACUGAGCAAAAUGUUCAACACAUCCAUAAUUAAAGCCAAAUUAUAGACUCAAUUAUUAUAAUUACUAAAGCGAUUUACCAAAACUGAUCCUGAUCAAUUCAAUAAGUCA